GUUUUUUUUUCUUGUUUAUUACGUAGAAUCAUAUUCAAUAUAUACAUGAGCACUUAUUCAUUUAUAGUAACUGACAAAGGAUAAUUGCCUAAUAUAAUGUAACUGCUUUCCAAUAUUUUUUACUGUUACGGACCAGAUCACUUCUAUUGCUAGGAGCACAUUUGUUAUAUCUCAUCCCAGAUCAUAUCUUUAAAUCUCAUCAUAGAACACUUUUAAUCCGUCAUUCGAUCAGCCAACCUUGAAAGAUUUCAGUUUUUAAACUUGAGAUCUAGGGAUUGUACUAGGACUUUACAUUGAGACAUCUUUGAUGGAAUGCUUGAAAGAGGAAAGACUUUCAUGUGAGGAUGAGUUGGUUGUAUUCUGUUUGUAUCAGUAGAAAUUUGAACACAGGUUGGCCCCUUAUAAAGCACCUCCAAUUAGUUGCAAUUGGGAUUGUUAUUGUUGGGUUUAUAUUAGUUGCAUCUCUUGGAUCUCGAAGCAAACGGGCUAUUGGUUUAUCUGAAGAAUGUCAAAUUCCUGCCAUUUAUAACUUUGGUGACUCUAAUUCUGAUACUGGUUGUGUUUCUGCUGCAUUUGGUCGUGUUCCUUAUCCGAAUGGUAUUACCUUUUUUGGUAAGCCUUCUGGGAGGAAUUGUGAUGGGCGGCUAAUCAUUGAUUUUAUUGCUGAGAAGGUCGGGUUGCCAUAUCUGAGCGCAUAUUUAGAUGCAUUCCAAGCCAACUUUCAACACGGAACAGAUUUUGCUGCUAGUGGGACGACAAUUCAACAUGUCGAUGGGAAGCUUUACGGAAGUGGCUUUAAUCCUCUUUCCCUUGAUGUACAGCUUUUGCAGUUUGAACAUUUGAAAGAGAGAACUAAUGAACUAUAUGCUCAAGCUAGUUUCAAAGACCGCAUGCCAAGACGUGAAGACUUCUCACAGGCCUUGUAUACAUUUGAUAUCGGACAAAAUGACAUUCAUUAUGCAGUAACAAAUAUGACCGAUGUUGAAGCCCGUCAAGCUAUUCCCGAGCUUAUGAAUCAGUUUGCUCAGGCAAUAGAGAAACUCCACGAGCUAGGAGCAAGGACAUUCUGGAUACAUAACACCGGACCUAUUGGUUGCCUGCCUUAUUUUCUGAUCAAACUUCCUUCCCAGCCUGGAAAUAUCGACGAAAUUGGUUGCUUGAAGUAUCACAAUGAAGUGGCUAAAGAAUUCAACAGGCAGCUCAAAAACAGGAUUUCUGAGCUGCGAACUCAACUCGACAAUUCCACCCUUGUUUACGUUGACAUUUACUCUGCCAAAUACUCUCUUAUCAGCAGAUCAAAGGAAUACGGAUUUGUCGAUCCCUUUGGAUACUGCUGCAAGCACUCCGGCAAUUCUGGGCUGUUUUGUUGGGACAAAGAAACGAUGAACGGAACUGCAGUUUAUGCAACUUCGUGCAGUAAUCCAUCGGGAUACAUAAGUUGGGACAGCAUACAUUACACGGAAGCUGCCAAUCGCUGGGUCGCAAACCGGGUUUUGGAUGGUUCUUUCUCAGACCCUCCUGUUCCCCUCUCUAGAUUAUGUACAAAGUCUUAGUUUUCAUCAAUUGUGCGCUGAACAAUACCUGAAGUUUCAUUGUUUGGACAUCGCUUCGAAGAUAGUUUUUUGUUCAGUUUUUACCUUAGCUGUAGGCGCAGGAUUGUUUAGUGAAUGACUUUUGUAUCGACUAUUUAUUAGUAGAAAAAUGGGUCAAUAAUCAAUACCUAAUUUUACUCUUUAAAAAUUAUUAUUACCCUUAUCA